AUGGCCGACGAGAUUUCCCAGGACCGCGACCUGUGGCUCAAGACCCUCGUGGAAAAGGAGCUGGGCAUCAGCACCGAGGAGACCGCCAGCCCGGUCAAGGACGCCAUGGUCAUGGGCCUGGCCUUCAUCACCGGCGCCGCCAUCCCGCUCGUCCCCCACUUCUUCCUGACCGGCGACACCGCCAUCGGCGUCUCAGUGGGAGGCACCCUCGCCGGCCUCUUCGCCCUGGGCCUGCUCAAGGGCCGCCUAGUCGAGCGCUCCCCGCUCCUCCAGGGCCUCGAAAUCCUAGGCAUAGGCACCAUCUCCGCCGGAGUCGGCUACGCCCUAGGCGAACUAAUCCCCCGCCUCUUCACCUAG